CGCAUUCAGGCCCGCUUGGCCUCCAUCCUCUUUGAGCAAGCCAAGUACCAGACGGCGCUCGACCUCAUCACGGACCUUCUUCGCGAAAUCAAAAAGCUCGACGACAAGCAGCUCCUGGUCGAAAUCCACUUGGUCGAGUCGAAGCUCUUCCACGCGCUUCGGAAUGUGCCCAAGGCCAAGGCGGCGCUCACGGCCGCGCGCUCGAUCGCCAACUCGAUCUACAUCGUGCCCAAGAUGCAGGCCAACAUCGACCACAUGUCGGGUAUCCUCCACGCCGAGGAGCGCGACUACAAGACCGCGUACUCGUAUUUCUUUGAAGCGUUUGAAGCGCUCGCACCCAUCGACAAGACGGAGGCGCUCGCGUGCCUCAAGUACAUGCUCCUGAGCAAGAUCGCCAACGGGCACUCGGCCGACGUGCCUGUCAUCGUCAACGGCAAGAACGCGAUCAAGUUUUCCGGCAUCGACGUCGAGGCGCUCAAGGCCAUCGCCAAGGCGCACGACAAGCGGUCGCUCGAGCUCUUCCAGGCGGCGACGGCGCAGUACGCUGCCCAGCUCGUGCAGGACCCGUUGAUCAAGCACCAUUUGGGCUUGCUCUACGAGAACCUCCUCGAGUCCAACUUGAUCAAGAUCAUCCAGCCGUAUUCGUGCGUCGAGAUUAGCCACGUUGCGACCUUGAUCAAGCUGCCGCUGCCGCAAGUCGAAACCAAGCUGUCGCAGAUGAUUUUGGACCACAAGUUCCACGGCAUCUUGGACCAAGGCCGGGGGCAGCUCAUUGUGUACGAGAGCGCGACCGAAGACAAAACGUAUGCGGCGGGCCUCGGCGUCAUCCAAAACGUCGGCAACGUUGUUGGCACGCUGUUCCGCCGGGCCGACAAGCUCUCGUUGUAGGUCAAUAAGGACAACGACGACGACGUGGACUGCGUUAUCUUAACACCAAUGAUUUCGACGUCA